AUGGGCUUCGAGACCCCGGAAGAAGGCUGCCUGGCCAAUAUCAUGAUCCAGGAGGGCACCAAGGACGCCCCGAUGGGAAACUUGCUGUGCAUCAUCGUGGAGAGCAAGGACGAGGUGGCCGCUUUGCCGACUACAAGCCAGCGGAGGGCGCCGCUGCUGCCGCCCCGUCGACUUCCCUCCAAGAAAGACAAGCAGCCGAAGCAGGCCGAGCCCGCAAAGCCGCAAGUUCAGAGCGUGUCGAGCUCGGGCCACGGCGGGCGCAUCCUGGCCGCGGACCUCUCGUCGGCUUCUCCAGCUCCGGCUGACGGCACCCCACAACAACCAGCGUCGGCGAUCGGCGGUUCCGGCAACUCCACCAAAAACACGCUCUCCAACAUGCGCAUGACGAUCGCGAAACGCCUGGCCGAGUCGAAGUCGACGAUUCUGCACUACUACAGCAGCUCGGAGAUCAACAUUGACAACGUGCUACAGGUUCGCGAGAAGCUGAACAAGCUGCUGGCCAAGGGCGCCGUCGGCCGGCGAGCCCACCAAGCUCUCCAUCAACGAUUUUAUCAUCAAGGCCAUCAUCAUCAUCUCAUCGUCGUCGUCGUCCAUCUGACUGGAAUAGAAGACGUUUCUUCCUGCAAGAAUCAGAAGAAAGCAGCCAAUGAGGUAAAUUCGGAUGUUAUGAAGAUGACCAUCUGGAGU